GGGGUCUUAUAUGACCUGUCGACUGUCCUGCUGCGAGGUAUUGCUGCUGCGAGACUUCAAUUAGAUCAAUUGGCUCUGCCAGUCCACUCCUCGGCUUGCUUUUUUACACCCUCUCAUUGCUUUGCAUCACAAUCAUUCACUUGCGCCCAUAUUUCUCUUCCGAGACGAUCAUUUGUGGAUGAGGGUGCCACUGGGCCUGCUUGCAUAUCUCUUCUGCCUGGUUUUGUCAGUCUUUCCCCUUGGUUAAAAGUCUGUGUGAUCCCUUUCGAGGCACCUGUGUCAGACAUUGCCAGCUUGUUUGAUAUCACUUUCUGAAUCAUCAGCUAUUGCCUCGACUUUCGGUGCCUUUAGCCACUAUCAACUGUCUAGCCCCAUCCUUCUCUCGUUCUUUCAAUCCUAUACCUCUAUUCUAGCAACGCAAUGUUCGAGCCCUCUGUACCGCCUGGCUCGUCCAGCUCCGACCUGGAGAUCCUCGGCCACCAGUCCGAGAAAACGGUUCAGUUGGGGUUCCGCGGACGACUACGCCAUUUCACAUGGGCGUGGUACACCUUGACCAUGAGCACCGGCGGGCUGGCUCUCCUCAUUAUCAGCCAGCCCUUCUCAUUCAAAGGCUUGAAGGAGAUUGGUCUGGCCGUGUACAUCCUCAACCUCAUAUUCUUUGCCGUCGUCUGCUCCUGUAUGACGACCAGGUUCGUCGUGCAUGGCAACCUCCUUGAAUCUCUGCGUCACGAUCGGGAGGGCCUCUUCUUCCCGACAUUCUGGCUCUCCGUCGCAACCAUCAUCACUGGCCUGUACCGCUACUUUGGCGACAAUGCCAACGAGGCAUUCAUGUAUGCUCUCGAGGCUCUCUUCUGGGUGUACUGUGCGUGCACGCUGGCCACCGCAGUUAUCCAGUACUCCUUUGUGUUUUCGGCUCACCGAUAUGGCUUGCAAACCAUGAUGCCGUCGUGGAUCUUGCCAGCAUUCCCCAUCAUGCUCAGCGGCACAAUCGCGUCAGUCAUUGGAGAGGAACAGCCCGCCCGCUCGGCCAUUCCUAUCAUCGUUGCCGGUAUCACGUUCCAGGGUCUCGGCUUCUCCAUUAGCUUCUUGAUGUAUGCUCACUAUAUCGGGCGACUGAUGGAGUCAGGCCUACCAUCGAGCGAGCACAGACCGGGCAUGUUCAUCUGUGUUGGUCCACCUGCCUUCACGGCGCUAGCAUUGAUCGGGAUGACCAACGGGCUGCCCGAAGACUUCAAAGUCCUCGAUGACGCCACUGCGAUCGAAGACGGUCAUGUCCUUCGCCUGCUUGCCAUCGGAGCAGCCAUGUUCCUCUGGGCCCUGAGUCUGUGGUUCUUCUGCAUCGCCAUCAUCGCCGUCAUUCGCUCCCCACCCAAGGCCUUCCACCUCAACUGGUGGGCCAUGGUGUUCCCCAACACGGGAUUCACCCUCGCCACCAUCACCCUGGGUAACUCGCUCAACAGCGCAGGCAUCCGGGGUGUGGGCACGGCGAUGUCGAUCUGCAUUUUGUGCAUGUUCCUGUUCGUUCUGGUCAGCAAUAUCCGGGCCGUUGUCCGGAGGGACAUCGUCUACCCGGGUAAAGACGAGGAUGUGUCGGAGUGACCUGACCUCUCAUUUGACCUUUCGGAUAUUUUCUUUAUGUUUCCCUUAGCCCCUCUGCUUUUACCUUGCCUAUCUUGCUAUUGCAUCUUAAGCGUUUGACCGACUAGCACGGCUAUACACCAUACACCAUACACGGAUCAUGUUGAGCGCUCAUACUUUGUUUCAGCCUGUUUCUCACUCUGACUCUGUCAUCGAGACUUUUUUAUACCAUUAAUAGAACGUUUACAUCUCGCAGGAUUUACAUUGCCAUGGUUCGGCGUAUCCCAAAAGUACUGAGUGUAUUCCAGAAGAGCGGGCUCGCAUACAUCCUGCGUAGCGCCUUAACAUCCAGGCCGUACCGCAGUGAACACAGCCAGCAAGAACCCGGAUAUUUUACUUUGUUUUCAUUCAGGCGGUAAACGUGUAACGAAAACCAGUAAAC